GGAGGGAAGAGAAUCCUACUCUUUUUAUUCUUGUACCUGCCAGGUAAGACUCUGCUGAAAAGACAGUGAAGAGGAAGUGAGAACUAGAGUUUCCUUCAAAGCUAGAAUUGAUGGCGGCGUCAACUUGCAAUACUUUUAAUGGUGCAAUUCUACUCUUUAUUCACAACAAUUCCCACUAAUUGUCUACCACUUAACAAGCAAAAAAGCUUCUGGCCUCACACGACCAAUCCAUAAACACAAAUUAAACCCAGAACCCCCAAACACACCGAUUGAAAAUCAACAUAAUUACACAUGGAAUGAUUUUAAUAUAUAAUUAAGGGUUACAGCUCUUAAUUAUAAAGAUAGAGAUGAAGAAAUUAAGAUGGUGAGGCAAGGAAGAGGAGGAAGAGAAGAAGAAAUAAUGGGUUCCAGAUGCCAAGACUGUGGGAAUCAAGCUAAGAAGGAGUGUGCGUACUUGAGAUGCAGGACUUGCUGUAAAAGCAAAGGAUUUCACUGCCAAACUCACGUCAAGAGUACUUGGGUUCCUGUCUACAGAAGGCGCCAUACUCAUCACCAACAGCUUCCUUCUAUUGAUCCACAGCACCCAGCUCACCUUCAUCAAGGGCACAGCUACAACCCUAAGAGGCCAGCAGCCGGACACGUCAUCACCAAUCCCUCUUCAUCUGGGCAAGAUCAACAGGUUAACAAUUUUCCAGCAGAAGUGAAUUCCAUGGCCACUUUUCGGUGUGUUCGAGUGAGCUCCGUGGAGGAUACGGUCAAUCAGCACGCUUAUCAGACAAGUGUGGUAAUCGGAGGGCAUGUAUUCAAAGGUAUACUCAAUGAUCAAGGCCCUAAUUACACUACUGCAGCUGGCCAAAGCUCCAGCCCCCAGCAUGUAAUGAAUAAGCAAACCAGCAAUUUUAUUAGUGCUGCUGCUUCUGCUUCGAAUAUUACUGCUUCUACUUCAUCAGCUGCUGCAGAUCAUCAAGGGCCACAUCAUCAUCAACCUCCUUCUUCAUGUCCAUUGAUUCCCUUUAAUGCUUUCAUGCCUGGUACGCAAUUUUUCCUUAACCCAAAAUAAUGAGCCUUAACUAGGUUCUAUGUACUUGAUUCUUGUAAUUAAAAAAAUAACGAUUCAUAAUAAUUAUGUAAUAAUUCUGGUAUAAUAUGGUUUUCAUACGAUGAUUUUAACCAUUUUUAAUUAUACAAUAAAAUAUUUAUAUAGUCAUAGUGUUUGAAUCAAAACCAAUUGUAUAAAUUUUGGGAGAUUAUUACUUAAUAAAGGUGUACCUAAAUGGUAUUAUUUUUUUACUUAGUUAUCGUUAAUGAAGAUUGUACAUAUACAAAGAACUACUAGUCGAGCAUGUCAAUUUCUGAGAUGUAACUUGGAUAAAGAAAGACACUCGAUCUUUAAUCUGGUGCUUGUAUCUAUGUAGUGCUCUCUUUAAUGCUUCUAUGUAGACAAGCUAGAAACUUAUAAUUUCACCAAGAACUUGUCCAUGUUGAUGAGGUAUUAGGUACCCGUAAGCUCAAAGGCGAGACAUUAUACUCUAAAAAAUAAAACAUUGUCUCAAACAAUUAUAGAAUUUUUCUUAGUUCAUUUUAAACUUUUAUUUGUGACAUGAAAUAUUUUUAUACUCAUUGAUAAUUAUUACUAUAUAUGGAGGCAAGCUUCCUAUUACGAGACCUAAAAAAAUUAUAACUUAUUACUAUAUGGAGUUUAUUCCUAAACAUAAUUGACCCAAAUUGGGACCAAAAAUUUUAUGACUUUAAAGAGAUUAUUCAUAUAUAGAGUAUUACUAUAGAAAUGUUCUACUACGUAUAUAUGUUCAACCAAAUAUUGGAGUGUAAAUAAUGAAAGUGAGUAAAGAACAAAUCCCUCAUUUGAUUAAUAGGCUAUAUAAUAGCAAGAUACAUGGUAUGUGUCAUUGUAAAUUUAUAUAUAGCUAGCACAUUUAUAUAUACCAAAGUAAGAAAGACAUGUUAACCAAAAAAUAUGUAAGAAAGACAUAAAUUAAAUAAAGAAGAAGCUAGAUCAGCUUUAAUUAAUUAAUUAUAUAUACUUAUUUUUGUUUCAAAAUUCAAUGUUUACAUAGUGUGAUGAUAUUCUCUGUGAAAUGUUGUAUAUGUCCGCAAUCUGCAACUGCAUGCCGGAACAUUUUGAAAUUUGUCUUCUUGCUAUUUGUUUUUGGCUACUUCUCAUCUUCAAGGUUAAUUAUACAUGUGAACUGUAAUUGUUUAUGAACUUCGAAACCACUUUUCUCCAGCAUUUCCGUUUCUCUGCCGGUUUGAAGCAAUGUCUGGACAAAUUUACAAAGAUUUGAAGCUUGUCUUUGCUUUGUAAAUAUCUCAAGUACUUUGCAUGUGCAUGAAACUACAUAUAAUUUAUACAAAACAAAAUAUCCAAGAAAAUGUACACAUACAGAGACACGAUCUCAGAGGCCUGAAGCAUGGCCCAUAUAGAAUAAUAGAAUUAACGAAUUGCUGCUCAAAAGCUGGUUUUGUUUAUUUUAAUAAUUCGGAUCGAUACUAUACAAAAUGCACAUAUUGUUUCUUAUUAAUGCAUUAAUUAAAAUUGUUUCUUAUUUUUUCUUGAAAAAAACAUGUCUCUACAAGUUUCAAUCUCUAUAAAGUGCAGCACUAACAUGCAUACUUAAUGAUUAUUCAAAGUGGGUAUUGUAUAAUUAUGCACUAAUUUUUUUCACAGUUAAUUAAGGGAUUGUUGAUCCUUUGAGGGGAAUCAUAACCCUAUACAUAUAGACCCAGAACCAUGCAUAAAGCUAACCCCAUAAGGGAGAUAUUUUAUUAUUAAAAGUACAUAAAAAAGACUCAUAUAGUUGGAGCAUCUUAUUAUGAACUGGGACUUUAAUAAGAAAGCACUAAUUAGUUAAACAAACCCCAUGCCUAAUUUUUUUAAUCUUUUAUGCUAAAAAGACAUUCACACAUUAAUAUAUACAGGAAAAGAUAUAUACUUCUCAAAGGCACUAGCUCUGGAAUAUAUCCUCAGUACUUGAAAAAGAUAGAGGCCAUAUUGCAGGUAUAAAUAUUAAAAUAUUAUUUUUUAUCAUUGCAGUGGCUCUAUAUUCAUGGUGUGGGAAGGAAUCCAUACUGGAUUGCUUCUCCCUUAUAAUCAAGGAGGUUCCAAAUUACUUGCUAAUUGUAGUCGUAUGAAAUUGAAAAGGUUGGCAAGUUUAGAAGGAAAAAUAACAAAUAAUGCAUGAGGUAGGGCAAUCUUUAUAGCUUUUGAGUAAAAGGGUUUGUGAUUGCUUUUUUUUUUCCCCCUUCUUUCUUUUUUGGGUUAUAAUAAACCUUGUCAUCCUGAAAGCAUAUGAUACAUUGAUAUGCGUCACGAACCAUAUGCAAGCCCCAAAUUAAUUAAACCACCCAAAAGACGCCUGAAAGCAUAUAUAUGACAUAUUGCUCUUAUUCUUUAGUUUUGCAUACACAUGGAGGACAAACUAUCAUUUCGUUUGGUAUAAAGGAUCGAAUUGGGAUGGAUAGUCUUUUAAGUUCAAGGCAUAUUGAAGGUAGAUAAGAAUGAUUUUUCAUUUUGAGAGGAGACAUGAAGAAAUUUCUCAUUUUUAAUCCUCCCGGAGGAUUUGAAUGCGUACGUUUUUUUUUUCUUUAGUAAUCAAUCUCGUACCUCCAAGUUGAUCACAAUUAAUUUGUUCUUUAAACAUACCUUAAAUAGUAUCUUAUCGAUCCCAGUCUAAUUAUAUAUACCAAACAAGGCCUAUAAGUGGUGAUAAAGGUCGGAUACGGCUUCGCUCUUAGCCCAAUUUUCUCCUAACCUAUCUAAUUAAUCUGCUUUUCAAUGACUACUGGCUAACCUAGCUAGAUGACAAGAUUAAAAGACGUUAUGUUUUAAUUUCUUCAUGUAAAUGGUAGA